AUGGCCUCCACAAAUCCUGCAUCAUCAAAGGUAUCCCAAAAGCAUGGACCCGUCUCGACCCUCGCCAGUAGCAUGAAACAGAUGCUGACCAGCGGAGAACUGAGCGAUUUGAAAUUUGCUGUUGGAUGUCAGCUUGGCCCGGUGCAGAUCUUCCAGACCCAUAAGUACGUCAUGAGUAUGCGUGGCUCCGUGUUCCGCACCAUGUUCUACGGAAGUCUGCCCGAAAGCUGCGAAGCCCCCAUCGAGAUUCCGCAUUUUAUUCCCAACUUGCUCAGUGUCUGGGUUUUCAUUUUCAUGUACACGGAUCAAGCGGAGAACCUGAGCGCUGACAAUGUUUUCCACACGAUGAACUGCGCUGACAAGUACGAUUUUGCACCAUUAGUGCAUGCGUGUCUGGAGAUGAUCUACAGCCAGCUGACCGUCAAUAACUGUCUAUCCGCUUUGGAACAGGUGCGUCUCUAA